UUAGUAAUUUUCCUUAGAAGUUAUGGAGCGGAGGCGUGGCCGAGAGGGGCUUUUACUUUUUCAGUUUUCUUGUGGGAAGAUGGAUGGGGCAGUACUGGGUCUUCCUUGUCCUCCCCUUUCUCUUGUUGCCUCGAGACGAAAAGCUGAGGGUGAGGAUUCUAAGCAAAUGGUGAUGAAAUCCACUCUGCCUGGGUUUAAGUGGCGUUUGGUUAUUGCUUAUGAUGGCACAAACUAUGCUGGUUGGCAAUUUCAGCUUUCACCACCAACGGUACAAUGCAUUUUGGAGAAAGCUUUAAUUCGAGCAACAAAGCUAGAGAGGAAGGAUCUUCAUUUGGUUGGUGCCAGUAGGACAGAUACAGGAGUUCAUGCCUGGGGUCAGUCAAGCUUUCAGGUCGCACACUUUGUCACACCUUUCAAUUAUGACAGCUUGGACAGCAUUCAUGCAGCUCUGAAUGGUCUUCUUCCUUUUGACAUCCGGGUUAGAGAAAUUGGCCCUGUUGUGCCUGAAUUUCAUGCUCGAUUGUCAGCAAAGAGCAAGAUUUAUCACUACAAGAUAUAUAAUGACACCAUCAUGGAUCCACUUCACCGUCUUUAUGCUUACCACAGUGCUUAUGAACUCAAUCCUGCUGUCAUGAGAGAAGCUGCAAAGCACUUUAUUGGAAAGCAUGAUUUCUCUUCUUUUGCUAAUGCGUCACGCAAUGAUCGAGUGCCUGAUCCAGUGAAGACCAUUUUUCGUUUUGAUGUCGUUGAACUGGGAGCUCUUCUGCAGCUGGAAGUUGAAGGCUCGGGCUUCCUGUACAGACAAGUGCGCAACAUGGUUGCUUUGCUGCUUCAAAUUGGAAGAGAGGCAGUUUCUUCAGAUAUUGUUCCGAUGAUUUUGGCUUCGCGGGAUCGAAGGGAACUUGCUAAACAUGCCUUUUCUGCCCCUCCUCAUGGGCUCUGUCUUGUAUCUGUAAACUAUAAUGAAGAGCACCUGCCCCUUCCCUCAGAUUGCCCUCCAACCAGUUUUGGUAGGCAUCGUACUAUAAGCAAAUGUAAACUUCCCUCUUAUUAAAUUUCAGUUGUUCCGGAACCCCAAAGGCCUAAGAAGCGCAAAACAGUUGCAAUAGUAUAUACAGAUGUUUAUGCUCCUCU